CCUCCCUCCCCCUCCCCCCACACCUCCCUUUAAGUGACUGUCGGUCAGUCAGGUUGGCUUGCGGCGUUGGAUGCAUAUCAUUGUUUUUGAGCGUCAUUGUUAAUAUCAUUUUUUCUUUUUGUUGAUUUCUUCUAGGAUACAUCCACCUCCAAUAUACCCCAUCCUGCUUAAUUGAUUCUUUAUAUCAUACUCGAUGACCGCUACGACUGUAUGGUUUUGGGAAUAUCUGUCUGCGCAGUUGUCUGGGCUCAACAUCAUUAAUAUAACCGAAGUUUGAGAAAGAAAAACAGGGCGGGACAAUUGCUACGAAAGGACAAUGGAAGCCUUGUCGCCGCGAUCUACGAAUCAAAUGAUCAAGCCCAAGACCUCUAUGGAGCGAAAAGUCUUGGAUAAGAAUGCUGCGGCUGCGAAUGCCGCCCAGAAGACGGCGUCAUCUAAGAACCAUGCGCCCCCACCACCAGCGUUGGUGGUCGAGCCGGGAGAUGAUGGGGAGCGAUACUCGACCGGAGCGUUUCUGGGGAAAGGCGGGUUCGCGAUCUGUUAUGAAGGCACGCUAGCGCGCAAUGGCCGGGUUUUUGCAAUGAAGGUGGUGAGGUCGGAGAUGUCGCAGAAGAAAAUGCAAGAGAAGUUUCGUACCGAGCUGCAAAUCCAUUCAAAAAUGCGACAUCCCCACAUCGUCGGUUUCCACCGAGCUUUUGCUUUCGACAAGUGCAUAUAUGUCAUUCUGGAAUUGUGCCCCAACGGUUCAAUAAUGGAUAUGGUUCGCAAAAGGAGGUGCCUCACUGUCCCCGAGGUCCGACGAUUCAUGGUCCAGCUGUGUGGAGCGGUCAAAUACCUGCACAAGCGAAACGUUGCUCACCGCGAUCUUAAAAUGGGAAACCUGUUUCUCGAUCACAACAUGGAUAUCAAGGUUGGGGAUUUCGGAUUGGCAGCCAUGAUCAUAUCUGAGAAGGACGAGAAGCGGAGGAAAACUCUGUGUGGAACGCCGAACUAUAUUGCGCCCGAAGUUCUUGAUCGAAGUAAAGGAGGACAUACCCAAAAGGUUGACAUUUGGUCAUUGGGAGUGAUUUGCUUUGCCAUGCUCACCGGCUACCCACCCUUCCAAUCGAAGACCCAGGAGGAGAUAUAUAAGAAGGUCAGAAACCUGACCUACGUCUGGCCUAAGGAUUCUGAUUGCUCGAACGACAUCCCAGAGGAGGCCAAGUCGUUGGUCAGCUGUUGUCUCAAUCUGGAAGAGCAGGAACGCCCUGACCCUGAUGAUAUCGUAGAACACCCAUUCUUUAAUAUGUAUGAUGGCUGUAUACCGAAAAGGUUAGAUACAACCUGUACCACGCAAAGGCCACAUUGGCUGCGGACCGACGGGCCGCGUGGCGACUCUGUUCGGUUUGGGUUUGGCUUGCAGUAUGAUGAAAGGUUUGCAAGCUACAUUGACCAUAUUGACGACCCUACCCAACGGUACCCCAUCUGCAGAGCGGCAUUCUAUAGCGCUUGCGGUGUUGGCAGGAAGCCCGAUGGCACGGCGCGCAAGUCUACUGGGCAAAACGCCUCCAAAUCGGCGUUUGCGGAGUGCUUGUCUGAGGAGGAGAAGGGACUUCAGCCAGUGAUUCCCCUGCCCGAAGAUAUUGUUUACUUCUAUCCCCGUGAUUUGAUGGGAGACUGGAGCGUGCCUGAGUCCCGGUACACCAAUCGCCGAGAAGAUUCGUCCUUUGACAGCAGCGUCCUCUCAACAAAGAGUAGUCUUACGUGCCUUCGAAAUACCGCCGUGUCACAGUCCCGAACCCAGGCGGCCCUUGCGGCAGCGCAACAGCGGCGGAACGAAUCCCAGAGCCACGCAGCAACGCUCCGGCAACAGGCACUAACUGGGCGAGGCGCGGUCAGGAAGGUUCCCACAUUGUGUGAUCAUCCACUGGCGCCAGUCCCCAGGGCUGUCUCCGAUACGAAGGAGAUGGUUUCCAGUGCGGCACCCGCGCCGACUGGGGGACUCGCAGAUCGUCCAAUCCGAACUCGGCGUGGAAUUGCAGCCUCGUACUCAGGAAUGGGGUCCCUGCGUGAUUUGGAUAAGAACAUCGCCCCACAGGUGUCGUCGAAGCCCAGCAUCGCGCCUGGUAUGUUAACUGUGGGCAAAACGCGCUCUCAGUCCCGGAGAUUAGAGGCAGCACACCAAGAAGCGCUGCAGGGGCGUCCAUCUCUCAAGGAGCGCUCGGUGUCCACGCCGGUGGAUGAUUUGCCGUCGAGAUCAAGACAGGCUUCGGUUCGACAAGCACCUCCAUCGAUGGCGGGAGAGCAUCCUGUCCAAACGGAGGAUCGUGAGAAAGCCCGAAAGGAGGAGGUGGCCCCACAGGUCCAGCGGCGCCGGCCAGAGUCCUUUCCUCAAGCCGUAAGUCGAUGCGGAAGCAAAGCUUCCAUGUCCUCUGCCAGCAAGUCCCGGUCAACGCUUGGAUUAUACCCGCUUUUGCACCCCGAUGAUCAUGCCGAGAUUCUCCCCGGAUCGUCCCUCGACGACGUAAAAACGGCUCUACGGAAUAUGAUCUCGAACAUGGUACCGCAUUCGGCUGCUCGACGGCGAGCCACGUCGCGCCGGGCGCCACACGUGUACGUCAUUAAGUGGGUAGACUACACCAAUCGGUACGGCAUCGGAUACGUGCUGGAUGACGGAAGUGUAGGUUGUGUAUUCAAGGCGGAUAAUGGGCAGCGUGCUAGCGGGGUCGUGGUGCGCGACGGCGAGCAACACAUUCGGCGCAAAGCUCGUAGCCAGGAGAAAUCGGACCCGGGGGCAAACGCUUACUCAGAGGCGGACCAGCUCAUUCCCCGCGCAGGGAAACCGGUCGAAUUCUACGAAAAUUGCAGCGAAGAUUUUGCCGAGUGUCGAGGUGGCAUCCGGCGAGCGCUGGUCCCGCCGUCCUUGUUCGAAGUGCAAGGAGCCAGUGGAGGAGUCAAGGUCCGGAUCGAUUCGGGCAUCGAGCGCGCGCGAGCAGACGCCGAGAAAAUCAAACGCGUGAAACUCGUGGACCAGUUUGGGAAAUAUAUGAUUGGGUCCCUUGGCCGGCAUGGCGAUGACGGCGCCCUGGACGACGAGCACCUGACCAGCGGCGUUCCCGGUCAAUUCAUCAAGUUUUACCAACGGCUGGGCAAUGUGGGUGUUUGGGGAUUUGGGGAUGGCGCGUUUCAGUUCAACUUCCCGGACCAUACGAAGCUAGUGCUGUCGCCUGGCCGGACCAGGAACUCGUCACCGUGGAUCGACUUCUAUCAUCUUUCACCUUCAGCCGCGCGGUACUUGGCGACGAAAGGAAAGAUGCAUCCGUCAGGGUUUGAUACUCGCGCGGUGGUGUCCGAUGAGGUGGCGACGUUCCUCAGCAUUGCGUAUGGAACCAGCGCAAGCUCUCUGGACGAGCGAAUCCGGGACGUGCUGGAGGCCAACUCGUUCCUGGAGAAGGUCAGCUUCAUCAAAGAGGUGCUCAAGGGCUGGAUUCGGCAUGGACGGCUGGGAGGACGACCGUCCGUCGACGAAGGUGCGGCUGAGGUGUUCUGGGAGGGUGCGCAGGAGCGUGCACAGUCCAGUGGAAGCGGUGGGAGUAAGUUCGUAUGGGUAACAGUCGGUUGCCCGGGGGGAGAUGGGGAGUAUCGCUCGGUAUCUCUGAAGGAAAAGCAGUCGAAGACCACGACGACGAGCCAUCACAGCGGCGGAGAAGCGGAGAUGGACAGCCUCAAGGAACGGCUACGGGUGUUGGGAAGUGCAUAAAACUGAUGAUAAGAUGACCAUUUGCCAGCUGUACUUGGAGUUGUUUUAGUAUUGUUUUUGUUUGGGAUUGAUUCUGUACGGAGUUCGUUCUGGAAUAGGGUCCAGCCAUUGAAUAAUUCCUGACGCUUCACUUUAAGCUGGAGUGUCAAUCCUGAAUGCAGUCGUUGUUAUUCGUUCUUACCUCGCCAGGUAUUUUGUGAUUCCCUAUACCUAUAUCUAUAUAUAACUAGCAAUAUAUAUAUCUAGGGUCA